AUGGCUACAGAAACCUUCAUUUGCGUUGCCACGGUGGCAGUGCUACUACCAGUCUUUCUUGUUCUUCUACGCCUUAUAUACGUGCUUCCAGCGCUCCAGCGUCGUUCCACUGGUUCUACAAAGCAGCUUGAGGGCCAUGUGAUGAUACUACUAGGCUCUGGAGGCCACACUGGCGAGAUGAUUCGUCUUUUGCUGCCUGUGAACUUGGAGAAGGUGAAAAAGACGUGGAUAGUGUCGUCUGGCGAUACCACAUCGUUGGAGAAGGCUAAACGUCUCGAGGAAUCUAUCAAUAGUGUGCCCCACAGUUCCACGUAUAUUACAUUGAAAAGAGCACGCAAGGUGGGCCAGUCUUUGCUGCUGUCUGUGUUUACUACGUUGGAGUCGAUCUUGGCUAGUUUCCAAAGCUUGCUACGCCAGCCUUCGUACCCUGACGUUUUGCUUAUCAAUGGACCAGGAACGUGUGUACCUAUAGCGUAUGUGCUUUUUGUGAUGAAGUUCUUUGGCUUGUGUCGAACGAGGAUAAUAUAUGUGGAGUCUUUGGCUCGUGUGAGCGGGUUGAGUUUAUCUGGAAGGCUUGUGUUGCCAGUGUGUGAUCGUUUUAUUGUUCAAUGGGAGCUGUUGGCUGCAAAGUACAAGAGAGCCGAGUACCACGGGAUUCUCGUGUAA